UUUGUAUCAAACAUUGUUUGUUUAAUUAUUUUCAAAGAAAACAGAGAUCUAAAUUACACUUAACACUAACACUUUUAAUGGAUUAAAACGCGUGGUUUCGUCCACGUCCGCAUCUGGUUCCCGCAGUUCCCCGGGGUGGUGAUGCAGUCAGACCAGGAGCUCAUCAUCAUGUGCAAGCCGCCGGAGCCAACGAUCAUAGAAAACAAGGCUGCAGGGUUUGCGGGAAGCUUUCCGCAUGGCGCCCGGGUGUCAGGAGUGGUGGAAGAAACUCCAGGUAGACUGGAGUACGAGGUGGCGUUGUACAAGGAAGCGCCUCCGGUGUCCAGGCACUCCAACCACUCCGUCGACAUGCCCGUUGACCAGGCAGUGCCGAUUGGCACAAAGUUGCAAUUGCGUGCUCGGAUCAACCCGGACUCUGCUUGGAGGCAUAUCAAGCUGCUAGAGGUAGCCGUGUCGCCAGAUCCUGACAGACCACAUGCGCCUGGCGCGGUCCUUCUCGUCAAAGAUGGUUGCCGAAACCGGGACUUCGCAUCAAUAAUUCCUCAUCAGCCGGCAAGGUAUCGCGAACGGCAUAAUGAGGUGUUCCUUGAUUUUGAAGCCUUCCUCCUGGCUUCGAUGAAAGAGCGUUCCACUCUUUGGAUACACUCGCAGAUAAAGGCUUGCAUGGAGCCGGCAGACUGCCAGCCCGACUACUGCUUGGACUUAUAUGAACCUUCAGGUCACGGCCGACGAAAAAGAGAAAUGUCCGAAGAAUACGAUUUCCAAAAUAUUACUUCAUCACCACUGAUUGCUGACAACGGAAGCACUCCGUUCACAAGGUUCAAAGAAAACCUGGAAUACACCGUAGUAAUGCCAGGAGAGCUGUUCCACAAGACACCAAUAGAAGCAACUUGCGGCACGUCUAUGAUGGUCGCUGUCGUUUUGGGCAUGUUGCUCUUUAUGUCAGCAUUGCUGAUGUGCUAUCUGGCAUCAAGAUUGAACUCCACAAUGAUGAAGAGCAAUCUACAUGUUCCGAAUGGUAAAGGAUUUGAGCAGAUACUCCGGGAGCUGGCAAACCAUUCCAUCCCAGACACCGGUUAUACGGGACGACCCACCGUACAAUGAUUUUAUUCAUAAUAUAGUUAAAUUUAUAUAUUAUUUAUAUAAUGUAAGUUAAUAUAAGCGCUGGUCUUUAAGACUGUUCGUAAAAUAAGGAGUUUGUGAUUUACUUUUGCUACGUUAAUUUACUUAAACGGAUUUAUGUUGAAAAAGUACUUAAUACACUUUAAGGCGCAAAAAGGUAUGCAUUUAAUUAUCCAGGGUGUACGUAAAGACAAUUUAUAACGUUAUUUAUUAGUCGACUAGUGUUUUUGUGGACUGUAGGGUAAAAUAGCAUAUUGUAUCUCGUUUAU